GAGUUGCUAGUAAUGAGUUUCUUUGAGAAAUGGAAGGCAGUAGCUGCAAUGAUUUUUGUUGAAUUUGCUCUGGUUGUUGUAAACGCGCUCUUCAAAAAGGUACUCAGUAAAGGAAUGAAUCAAUUGGUGAUAACUACAUACAGGUUUUCAAUCGCUGCGAUUAUCUUAACUUCUCUCGCUUGUUUCCUAGAAAGGAAUUUUAUAUCGAAUUUGUCAGAUCGCGUUGUCUGUUCUCUAUUUUUCAGUGCUCCUUUGGGGCAAGAGAACAUAAACAUGAAAUGCAAAAGUGGGAGAGCUAACGCAUUAGGAACCUUAUGUUGUCUUGGUGGAGCCUUAAUACUUACUCUAUACAAAGGAAUGCCAUCGAUAAACCAAUCAGCACCAGAAGUUGAAGUGAACCACAACACAAAGAGUUGGAUUGUUGGUUCAUUGUUUCUAUUCGCGGGGAGCCUCUGGGCUUCGUGGUUCCUCAUACAAGCUAGGAUUGGGAAGGACUAUCCUUAUCAGUAUUCCAGGACAGCAAUAAUGUCAUUCCUUGGAGCCAUUCAAUCUGCAAUAUUGAGCUCGGUUAUUGACAGAAACACAUCCACAUGGUUUAUGAAAGGAACUUUAGAGAUCUCAACUGUCAUUUACGCUGUGAGUAAUCUCCUUUUUGCCAUGUUUAUUGGAGUGGUGGGAUCAGGUUUAUGCUAUGUGGUCAUGUCAUGGUGUGUGAAGCAAAAGGGUGCAGUCUUCACCUCUGCAUUUAGUCCCUUCAUUCAAAUUUUUGCUGCUGUGAUUGACAUCUCCAUACUUCAUGAACAAAUUCACCUUGGGAGCAUUUUGGGGUCCAUUUUGGUUAUUAUUGGCUUGUAUAUUCUUCUAUGGGGUAAAAGCAAAGAAGCAGAGAAUUUGAAGAAUUCUCCAACAACAGAAAGAAUGGGCAGGCUACACUACCAGUUACUUCCAAUCCAUCUCACACAUAAGAAAAUUACAUGCAACAAAACAAAAUUCCUCUGACGUACUAAAUAUUG